UUUGGCUGCUAACCAAAAGGUCGACAGUUGAAAUUCACCAGCCGCUCCUUGGAAACCGUAUGGGGCAGCUCUUCUCUGUCCUAUAGGGUCGCUAUGAAUUGGGAUUGACUUGAGGGCAACAGGUUUUUGGGUUUUUUUAUGCCUAUAAGAACCUCACAGUACCUGAACUUUCCAUUCUUGGUCAUGCUUCGGCUUUAAUCUACAGAUAUCUCUGGGGUUAGAGACAAGAGAAGUUGGUGAAGAAGCCCUAGAGUUUUGUUUGGCUGAAGGAGAAGGAGAGUAGCUAAAGGAAGAAUUUAUGAGAAAAAAAUUUGAGUAAUUGAUCUGGAACCAGUAAAGGGGGAAAAAAAAAGAGCACCAGAGUCCUCCUAGGGGGCCUCCAGACACUAUCUCAAAUGUAAAUGUCCAUCUUAAAACCCUUCCCUGCCUAAACCCCACCCCUGGGGCGGGAGGGGACAGCUCAGCCUUGACCAAUAGCCUCAUAGCAACAGGAAGAACAAAGGACCAGUGGUCAGGGAUAGAGAAUAAAAAGCCAUCUGUUCCAGUACCAGCACAUACAUCGACCUGACACAUCUGUGAUCACCACGAACUCCCAAGCCCAGACACCAUGGUGCAUUUUACUGCCGAAGAGAAGGCUGCUAUCACAAGCCUAUGGGGCCAGGUGAAUGUGGAAGAGACCGGAGGCGAGGCCCUGGGCAGGCUUCUGGUUGUCUACCCUUGGACCCAGAGGUUUUUUGACACCUUUGGCAACCUAUCCUCUGCCUCUGCCAUCAUGGGCAACCCCAGGGUCAAGGCCCAUGGCAAGAAGGUGCUGACCUCCUUUGGAGAUGCUGUUAAGAACCUGGACAACCUCAAGGGCACCUUUGCUAAGCUGAGCGAGCUGCACUGUGACAAGCUGCACGUGGAUCCUGAGAACUUCAGGCUCCUGGGAAAUGUGCUAGUGAUUGUCUUGGCAAACCACUUUGGCAAAGAAUUCACCCCCCAGGUGCAGGCUGCCUGGCAGAAGAUGGUGACGGGCGUGGCCAAUGCCCUGGCCUACAAGUAUCACUGAGCUCCUCGUAAUAGGGAGAAGACUUAUUCUUCA